AUGGAUAUCGAGUCGGCAGACUCCACUUCCAGCUCACAUGGAAAACAAGCUGCCUGCUUAACCUGCCGACGAAGCAAAAUCCGCUGCAACCGUCUGGUAGGCGAGACUAGUUGUGAGAAAUGCAAGCAAAUAAGUGUGGAGUGUAUUGUUCCCAACCACCACUUGGGUCGACAAAAGGGUGUUAAAAACAAGCGCAAAGGCCUGGAAAAAGCAAUACAUCAGAUCGAGCAGGCAAUAAAGCGGCCUAGAGCCGACUCCUCGAGCGACACUGAUGCCCAUAAAGCCAUAUUAAGUCUACAGGAGCUCCUCAGCCAAGUACAGGGUGACUCGACGCAGACUGAGGAUGGCUUUCCAGAGGUGGCAGAUCGCCCGCGCAUGUCACCUCCCAAUGAUAAUCAUGCGGAGGAGAGUCUCAACCUUGAUGACGCAGAAAAUCCUCUUCAGUUGCUUGCUAGAGCUUCGGAUCUUCAACUUUCACCGACCGAGGUGCGGCGUGCCCCAAGAUCUCCGCUAUCGGGGACUCCUGCGGGCUUUCUCCAGAGCCCCAUUACUGGGGAACCGAGCGCGAAGGCAUUUUUCAUUCCAACGAGAGCCCACCUGGAUGUUGGACCAGAUGUCGAUCCAGUCGACCUGGGGUUAGUAACCUUUGAUGAGGCGGAGUCCUUGUUCUCGUUCUUCUAUCAAAACCUCGCACACACUAGAUGGGGCCUCGACCCUGCAGUACACAACGCAUCCUUCGUGCGGUCACAGUCGGCAUUUCUUUUCACCUCAAUCAUGGCUGGUGCAGCUCUAUUCUUGCCCUCUACUGCUGCUUUGUCCAAAAGACUAUCGAGACACUCCAAGGAGCUCGCUCAGCGGGUGAUGACGCAUCGCCAUAGGUCUGUUGAGAUUGUCCUGGCUUUUAUGGUGAACGUUCCAUGGAUGCCUCCUGGCGAUAGUCUGGGGGAUGACGAUACUUGCUCUUAUAUUGCUAUGGCUCUUACUGUCGCUCUAGAUCUAUCUUUGAAUAAGAUUGUUUCGCCCUCUUCGAGUUUCGAUCAAAGCCUUUUGAAUCGCCUGGCGCGAGCAGAAUGCAUUGAUGCGAAGAGAGCGCUACACAUGGACGGAUUCGACGACAUUGAUCCGUCUUCGGAGUGGGGCCUUCGACUCCUACGAAGACGCGAAAGGGCCUGGAUUGCGCUAUUUGUGGUCGAGAGAGGCGUCUGUCUUGCCCGUGGACGGAGCUAUACGGUGCCUUCAACAACACUCGUCGAUAACUGCGAUCGCUGGCAUCUAUCCAGCAUCGCAGAUCUGCGUGAUGGUCCUAUGAAUUCCAUGGCAGUUCUUCGAAGGGAUCUUGAUGGACUCGUUCGGCAAGUCAAAUCAAGCUGUGAUAAUUAUCGCAUUGUCGAUACCGGCUCGGAAGCCGCUCAGUCGAUAAAGAAAACCAUUGAAACGUUUUAUGACCGGUGGUAUGCAACGUGGGCGUUAUCAAUUGGCGAAGGAGAAAUACGCUCCCUGCCCCCAUAUGUCGAAAUUCUUGUCAAACACACUCAACUAUCCACCUAUGGUGGUGUCAUCAACCACCCGACAGCCCCAAUUGAAGUCAAGCGCUUUUUCCGUGCUGCAGGUCUAUCGUCCGCAUUGAACGUUUUGCGAGCAGCUAUACAAGGCGAAUCCAGACUAAAAUCAAUGCCAAACAAUACCGUCAUAAUGAUCUCCUUCGCCGCAUGCUCCGCACUAAGCCUCAGCAUAACGCCCGGUGACAGCAGAUCCAGCCUGGCACCCAGCGUCCGAAAUCUCAUCGAAGAGACUGCCGGUGUCCUAGAGAGAAUCGGUGCAACGCCAAGUCACCGGAAUGGCACAUCUGUGCUUUACGGGAGGUUCCUGCGCGAAUUGAUCCGACGAGCACCAGCCUUGCCUCCACAAACACGAAGUGAUCUUAACAAGAUCCGUCAACCUGAGCCGGCGUUCUCAUCUGCAUGUCUGGGUGAUGUUCCGUUAGCACUGCCACAGGCUUUACCGCCUGAGGAUCUUUGGUUCGAGCCGUUGCAUUUCUCUGCUAUGUCUGAUAAUCAGAUUGUUGAUGCGGUCAACCGCGCUGGUACCGCGUUUGGCGAGUCGAUACCGGAUGUGCCGCUUGAUACUAUGCUUAAUUGGGAUUGGCUUGACUUUGCGAACUCGGACUUCAAUUUCAAUCUUGGAUGA